AUGAGCAAUCACACUGCAGUGAGCACAUUUCUUCUGUGGGGAUUUUCCAGUUUCCCACAAUUGCAGAAUCUACUCUUUGUUGUGAUUUUCUUCUCCCAUGUGACCAUCCUGGUUGCAAAUGUAUCCAUAAUGGUGGCCAUCAAGCUGAGUCACAACCUUCACACCCCCAUGUACUAUUUCCUCUUUGGCCUGUCCUUUUCAGAAACCUGCACCACUAUGGUAAUCCUCCCCCACGUGUUAGUGGACUUACUAUCUGAGAGCAAGACCAUUUCUCUUCCUGAGUGUGCCACACAGAUGUUUUUCUUCUUUGGUUUGGCAGCUAAUAACUGCUUCAUCAUGGCUGCCAUGUCUUACGACCGUUACUUUGCCAUCCUCAGCCCACUGCAUUAUCACACCCUGAUGAUAAGGAAGAUCUGCUUUAAGCUCAUGGCGGCCUCUUGUGUGGUUGGGUUCCUGAUUUCUCUGUGCAUCACCAUGACUGUUUUCAACUUGUCUUUUUGUGAUUCCAACAAUAUCCAACACUUCUUCUGUGACAUUUCACCUGUAGUUCACCUUGCUUGUGGUUACACUUCACAUCAUGAAAUGGCUAUUUUUAUGCUCUCUACCUUUGUAUUAGUGGGCAGCUUUAUUUUAAUCAUCAUUCCCUAUGUUUUCAUUGUAUCUAUAGUUGUUAAGAUGCCUUCUGCAAAGGGGAGGUACAAGGCCUUUUUAACUUGUUCCUCUCACCUCACAGUUGUGUCUUUGCACUAUGGAUUUGCUAGCUUUGUCUACUUCAGGUCCAAGGACAGUGAUGCUUUCUAUGAAGACAUGUUGUUGGCUGUGACAUACACAGUGCUGACACCUCUGCUUAAUCCCACCACUUACAGUCUAAGGAAGAAAGAAAUGCAGACAGCCCUUAGGAAAGUCCUAGGCAGUGUAAUUAAAAAUUUCCCUCAGUUGACAAAUAAAAAAGCUCCAAACAUUAAAAAAACUGAACAUUGA